AUGCAAUUGAAGGAUGGCGACAAAGGUUUUGAGCACAACCAGGAGCAGAUCCAGAGUGAUUUUUCAGAAUGGAUGGAAAUUAUACAAAAGGGGAAAGCUGUUGCGAAAAGAUCAGGUACGGUUAAAACACCCUUACAUAUUUUACGUGUUAAUAGCCGUGCUGUGAGGGAACAGGGGAACCAGGGGUUUAAGAAGUUGAAUGUAAAAAUUGAGAAAGAAGAUGUGGAAAAGGAGAUUAAAUUAUGGUCCUCAUCUUUGAGGGAUAUGGUCUUGAAUGGGGGAUAUAUGUUUUUUGAUAGGAAGCCUGUUGUUAUGAAGGCUUGGUCUGCUGAUGGGAGUUUCACCAAGGAAGAACUCUAUAAAUUUCCAAUUUGGGUGCACAUGUACGAUUUGCACUUAAAAUACUGGGGUAAUAGAGCUUUGGCAAAAAUUCUUAGCCCUGUUGGAGAGUACUUACAGCAGGAUGUAGCCAAAAGGAACCGAGAUAAACUUCAAUAUGCUAGAGUUUUGAUUGAGGUGACCAUAGAUCAAGAGUUUCUUGACACAGUAGAAUUCUUAAAUGAAAAUGAUGAGAUUACUUAUGUUACUUUGUUGUAUGAGUGGAAGCCGAUUAGAUGCACUAAUUGUGAUGGAUAUGGGCAUUCAAAGGAAGUCUGCAAGAAGAAGAAUGAAGUGGUGAAAAGGUGGGUGCCGAAAGCUCAUCAAAAGAACACGAUGCUUCCAGUACAAAAGGCAAUAAACAAAAAGGAUGCUAGUGUCACUUCAAUAGCCAACAACAAGCUCAAAAUGUCUACAAAAGCCGAUCCAACACCAACAAAGAAUACUUUUCAGGCCCUGGAAGGAAUGACAGAUGGGAGAUUCAAGUGGGACAAUUACUUUGUGAUUUAG